AUGAUUGGCCCACUGCUGCCCAGCCCCAUCACCUGGACUGAGUACCCCCAGGAGAGCUUCCGGGGUCAGGCAGGGCUCUGCCUCCUGAGCACCGGGCCAGAUGCUCAUCCCGGCAGACAGGAUCGGUCCUUCACACAGGAGCCCUGGUGGUGGCUGCUGCGGCGGUGCUGCGCCUCUUCCAGGAGCCGGUACAGCGCCCGCGCCCGCGUCACCAUCGAGUGGCUGCAAGUCCGAGACGACGGCCCCAACCGCACCUCCCUGGUGGACUCCAGGCUGGUGUCCCUCCACGAGAGCGGCUGGAAGGCCUUUGACGUGACGGAGGCCGUGACCUUCUGGCAGCAGCUGAGCCGGCCUCGGCAGCCCCUGCUCCUGCAGGUGUCGGUGCAGAGGGAGCACCUGGGCCCGCCCGCCUCCGGGGCCCACAGGCUGGUGCGCUUUGCCUCCCAGGGGCCCACGGGCGCCGGGCAGGGGGAGCCCCGGCUGGAGCUGCACACCCUGGACCUGGGGACCUACGGAGCUCAGGGCGACUGUGACCCCGAGGUGCCGGUGACGCAGGCUGCCCGCUGCUGCCGCCAGGAGGUGUACAUUGACCUGCGGGGGAUGAAGUGGGCCGAGAACUGGGUCCUGGAGCCCCCGGGGUUCCUGGCCUACGAGUGUGUGGGCACCUGUCAGCAGCCCCCGCGGCCUCUGCCCUUCGAGUGGCCACUUCUGGGGCCACGGCAGUGCGUCCCCUCGGAGACGACAUCGCUGCCCAUGAUCGUCACUGUCAAAGAGGGAGGCAGGCCCAGGCCCCGGGUGGUCAGCCUGCCCAACAUGAGGGUGCAGAAGUGUAGCUGCUCCUGGGACGGGAUGCCUGUGCCAAGGAAGCUGGAGCCUUAGGUGUGGGGUGCAGUGCUGAGGGGUUUGGCUUCCAUGUGCAUCAGGCGUGCUCAAGGGCAUGGGAAGAGCUGGGGAUUACAGAUCUGCUGCUGGGCAAACACUUUUGGCCAUCAUCUGAGCUUUGAAUUUGCUUCCUCUGUCCAUUCAGCUCACCUGCUGAUUUUUGUUUCCCAAGACUCCCUGGCAACUGGGUAGUCCCUGCCUGUCUUCUCUGUUCAUGUUAUUCACUGCAGGAUGUCCCAAGCACUUACCUCUGUCAACUCUAUAACCUAAGAGCAGAAAGCCAAAUUGUCACCGUUUCCUUGUACGGUCACUGGAUGUGGGCUGUGUCCUGUGGAAUGGCCCUAAGGUUGUGUAUUCCCAACCCAGACAGUGAGGGCAUUUUCUAACAAGCAAACAAAACACAUUAUAAUCUGUAUUUCUCCAUUUGAUGCAGAAUGCUGAGGGAACAGAAAGUUCUCGGGGAUUAGAUCAGCCUACUUAGAAAGCCAAGGAAGGAUCUAGGAGGGAUUCAGUCACAGUCUCAGCUACUAAUAUAGGAAUUUAAGCCUGAAGCCAUUCAGAAUCCAGUGUACCUGUCCUGUUAGAACCAAAGCAGACAUACUUGUCACUAUUGAUGUUUUUACUUUCCUGGCUGUGUUUCACUUCCACUUGCUAUAAAAUAAAAAAAAAAAAGUCUUUGGUGGAAAACUCAUCAGUACUACAAGACUGUAGAACUG